GCCGCGUCGCGCCGUCCGCGUUACGUCGUUCCGUUGGUGCUUCGCUAACAUUAAUUAAAGUCACGUUAUCUCGACCUUCAAUUUUAUAUCUAUCUCGAUUAAAGAGCUACCGUGAAGAUCAUUUCUCUUACGCGGUGAUUCAAGUGGUUCUGGGAAUAAUUCGAUGAGAGGACCGGUCAUACUGGUGCUCAGCUGGCAUUAUGAAGCUGAUAACGUCGAUUGUUGACGAGCCAGUGAGUUGCAGCAGGUGCAUCACAAGGCAAAAAGUGCAUCGACUUCGGAAAGUAGUAUAUUAAUAAUGCAGGUCGCAGACGUUGUAAUAUCCCUGGUACACAACGAGAAAUAAAAUGGAUCCAAGGGGCCCUCCUGAGGGGGCCCCUGCUAGCUCGUUCGAGACAGCCCACAUUGACAAAAUAACUGACGCUUCCGUGAAUUGGCCCGCAGAUCAAUCGCUCCCGUCGUCAAUGUGCGAACAGUCGAAAAAAAUGAAUAACAACAAGCUAUUAUUUUUAACUGUGGAAUACGUGGAGGAUCAGUCACGGGAAUACUCUCGUUUAUUCCCGACGUACGAACAAGUUUCGUUCUCUCCCAGAGCAUCGUCUCCUCUCUCCGACUUCGAACACCGCGUCAGUCCUCUUGACCCCAAUAUGAGUUCAGCAGCUAGAUACUCACCGACCCCAGUACAGCUUCCUCCAUCUCCUUUCCACAAUUCUGUCGUUGUGUUGCAAAGUCCUUCAUCUCCUUUAAUAUCUUCAUCAGAGUCAAACGAAAGAGCAAGUGUUAAUUACGUUUCGCAAUUGACUCAUCCUAUCGAUGCACAGAGCGUGCAGCAAACAGAUAACGCGGCUGAGUUUGUUGCCAAUGAGAACGAGGAGGAGCAGCUGGUGUCCAGUGUCGGUACCGAAUUAAUUUUGAUGCAAGAGUCUAAUUCUGGGCUAGAAUCUGCAACAGCUCCAUUGAUGUUGACUGGAAUGCCAAGUACAGAUUUUACGUUGAGCAGAGACUUUCUCGUCAUGCAAGACGAUCAAAUAAACGUUAUCAAUUCGUUUAAAGCACAAAAUCUUGACGUGGACGAUUCUACUCAGCUUUCAUCGGCUGCAGAGAAUUCGAAUAAAGAGAACGACACGGUGUCUAAUGGAAAAGAAAUUAAUGAAACGUUGACGCCGGCUGAAGAGAAGAAAGAUUGCGAGAAACAAAAUGUUAGACGCUCGAAACGUCGUAUAAACGACAAAAAGAAUUUAUGCUGCGACGAAUGCACAGACGAUGCGUGCACCGGUGACAAUUGCACUUCGCAUAACAUUUGUACAAUAGCUGACCAGCCAGUACCAUCACGCGCUAUAGCGACACUGCCAGGGUCUUACCUUUCCAUAAAUAAAUUAGCCACUUCCGAAAUCGUAUCGGGUGGAUCGGAUUAUGGGGUGUUUGCCAAACGUUACAUACAAAAACGAACUCGAUUCGGUCCCAUAGAAGGGAUCCUGUGCCCAUACGAUGGUACAUCAUUUAAGAACGAGUUGCCGUUGCUCUUUGAAACUGAGAAUAAAGAAUUCUUCAAAGUCGACGUCUCGAACGAAAAUGCCUCGAACUGGAUGCGUUUCGUUAGACCCGCGUUAACUUACAAGGAUCAGAAUCUGGUGAUAUGCCAACAGCGUGACGGAAUAGUAUUUUUGACCACGAGAAGUAUUUUGCCCAAGGAAGAGUUAAGGGCUGGUCCCAGUACCGAUUACGCGAUCCGUCGAAAUUUGGUACCGCUCAUGAGCGCAGAGGAAGCGAAGGAUAAUAAAGAGCACAAGAAUCAGUUAUCGACUUGGUCGCGAUUGGACGAUGAUCAUUCCCGACGUGUGAAAGUGUUUCGCGGUAGGAAUUUAAAGGAGAAGGAGAACUCGCGGCAGAACAAUACGAAAGAAUGGAAAUGUUCGGUUUGCAGUCUGAUCUUCAGAAAGCCGCUUCUGCUCAAUGUGCAUAGCCUCGUUCACGGGACUGAGAAGAUGAAAACCAAGAUUCGGUUCACGGUUUGCCCGCAGUGCGGGCUGCAGUUUCCGAAGCAGAAGGAAUUGAUCAAUCACGUUUCGCAGCACGGGAGAUUAGCUUUGAAGAAAGCCAAAAGAGUGGCUACUUUGUCUACAUAUAAGUGUUCAAUGUGCUACAAACGUUUCGCGACGAAAGUGCGACUGCAACAGCACUACCUGGUGCAUGGUGCUGAAGACCAAAAACCACUGCCAUGCAAUAUAUGCUUUAAGAGAUUCAUGAACAACUCAGCCCUGUCUUGUCACUUAAAAACGCACAGAGAGAAUAAACAAGUGUUUGAGUGCCCGAUGUGCCGGGAACUGUUCAGUCAAAGCAUGACGUUAAAAGAUCACAUCGAGACUCAUAAGAAAGAAGACGGCACGUUCAGCUGCCCCUACUGCCAAAGAAUAUUUAACAAAUACUCAGUUAUUCGUAAGCACAUUAGAGCUCAUCAUUGCGAGAGGAAACAUAAAUGCCAAAUAUGUGCAAAGCGGUUUGCAACGGUAGACAAAUUACAGAUGCAUCUAUUAAAACAUUCCGAUCACAGAGAGUUCCAUUGCGCGAACUGCGGGAAACAGUUCAAAAGGAAGGACAAGCUGAAGGAGCAUAUGACUAAAUUACAUAAUUCGCAAACGGCGACCGAAGAACAGAUGUCACAAGUUACGCAAACUAAAAAAUUCGUCCCGAAGGUGAAUCCGAACGAUUACAAUCGUUUCGUUUAUAAAUGCCAUCAAUGUCUAGUAGGUUUCAAGCGCAGAGGAAUGCUGGUGAAUCAUUUAGCAAAGCGCCAUCCGGAUGUGGCGCCAGAGUCUGUGCCAGAAUUGAACUUACCGAUCUUGCGCCAAACGAGAGACUACUACUGUCAAUACUGCGAAAAAGUCUACAAAAGUAGUAGUAAACGUAAAGCACAUAUCAUGAAAAAUCACCCGGGAGCUGCUUUACCGCCGAGCAAUCGUCAGAAGGAAUCGGAUUAUUCCGAUUUACCGAACCCAACAUUCAGCCAAACCGUCGGCAGCAUCACGACCACUCCCCAAGGUUGCCAAUGGUGUCACAAGCAGUACGCUAGUAAGGCGAAGCUGUUGCAACAUCAACGAAAGAAACACCCGAAUCUGAUGGAGCCAGCUGAUCAAAUACCGCGUUCGCGCAAUCGACAGCCACAGAAUCAGAAUCAGCCUCCGAUGUUGAUCGACGAUCAUUUCGUAUUGUCCGAUUACAUUCAAGCGUGCGACGUGAAUACCGAAUUCUUCAAGCCGCGAAUAAUCAAAAUAUCUAACGACGUCGAUCUGAUAAGUAAUGGUUUAGAGAUGGUCGGGCAACAAUUUGUUCGUAUGCGCGACAUACGUUGAGACGAUCGUUGGCAGCCUCAACGGGAGGUCUUGUCGUCUUGUCUAUUCAUGAGAUAUGAAUCUCAUCAGUUUGUGCGCAGUGAAGAAACACUGUGCUUUUUGCUGCCGUUGCCAAAUAAAGGGCACCGAUGCCCACGGGAGUAAUUCUCCGGUGAAGAAAUAUUUGGAGCACGGCUUGGUCGGCGUCAGUGCGAAACACUGAACGCUGUUUUGUUGGUUCCACGGUCGUCGAUGACAUCGAGGCCGUGCGAUUUGAUCGUAACUUUGAACAAAUUUGUUGGAACGGAGUACACGCUAUUUUACGAAUGCUUUGGCCCUCGAUGGCGAAAACAUGGAUGAACGAUUUCAUUGUUAAACACACGACGACGAAACAUAAACAUGGAGACUUAAGACUUAAAACACAACGGGAAACAUGUUAGUUAUUGAGAUCUUUGCUCAAAGGUAUUACAAGUACAGAGCGCAAGGAAAAAAAAAAGGUAGAACAACUCCUCUUACUGUCGGUACACGUUGCUGACGUUAAAUCUAGUAGUUUCUUUUGAAAUCUCGACAAAGCUUCAAUUCGAUGUGAUUCAAUUAUGGAUGUGUAGGGUGAUCGGAUUUAAGCUUCAAGUUUAAAGUGAAAUUUAAACGUACGGCUUGGAUUUGGAAAGCAAUGAUGAAUCUUAGAUCAGUGUAAUCUCGUCUGUAAGAUGUGGUUUUUUUUUUUAUAGACCCGAUCGUAGUAUCUAUAUGUUACACUUGACUUCGACGGUAAAGACAGUUGUCCGUAGAUUACACAGGAUGUUGUAGUCUGUUAAGAAUCGAUCGAUCACUUUUACUCUGUCUAUAUCUUUCUCUCGUAAUUUAUAACUUUCCGUCAUAAUUGAUCAUGUCCGUUCUCGUCCAGAGAAACGUACUUUCGGUCUAGAUUCAUUCGUCGCACAAAUCUUUGAAGACCUUUCACUAACCGAGUUUAGUGUCACGGUUCUCUGCAUCCAUCAUACUCAUCGAAUUGAAAUAUCUGGUUGAAAAGUUGAAGGUAUUAAUAGUUACCUAGACGAGAAAACUUUUGUCUUUGUAAUUUUGUGAUGCAUGUGAAAUUGAUCGUAUUUAAACGAUUCGCUCGCGAAACGAAGCCCUGUAAACGAUUCAAAUUCUGAUUCUCUGAAUGUAAAGUGAUGUAUCACAGAUUGGCAAGAGUAUUCGAAACUCGAUUCACAUGCAUUAUACCCAUAAUCUCCUUAUGGAACAAUAAGGCGAAGACAAAAGAGAUUGCAUGUUUGUUAAUGUUGUUGAGUACAUGGUGAAAUGUAUAUUGUAACGUGACUUAAAUAAAGUUACUCGAUGACUGAA